CAUUUCGUACCACGAUAUUGACGUUAAGCUUAAUAAAAACAUCCAAUGUUUCACUCCUACGUACAGCUAUGGACUCCGUCAUUUAGAACAAACUUAUGGUGCUUGGUAGAUUGAUCGGAACAAAUGGCGGUCGUGAAAAAACCAGUGGUUGGUACAGGGAAAUUGCUGAUUGACAAAAAUGGGAAACUCCUCGUCCAAGGCGAUGACAAAGUCGCAUUGUCUAAUCCAAAUGAAUCACAUAAACUGAUAUCGCAGAAAAAAGCAGAUGGCACAUCAAACCUUUUUAUGAUUCCGUCUGAGGGAGUGAAUAAGGGAAAAUAUUUUUUGGUGGUUCCUGAAAAAGAAAUGGAAAAACUAAACAUGACUACUAGUGACGUAUUGUCCAGUAAUGCUUCACACCCUCCAGCUAAUCCCAAUUCUUCGGCUACGCCUGGACAGGCGUCACAUGCUCUAUCGGCAGUCCUCAAGAACAUCGCAGAUCAUAUAUCGUCAGAGUCGAAAGCAUGUGAUGACGCUACACAAUCAAACGAUUCAGGAAUACGUAAUCCAUCAGUUACACGUCCUUUAGAAGAUACUGGAACCAACCUACAAACAUCCACAGCUAGUUCGUUUAUUCCGUCUGGUGCAAGUAUGGAACAGGAAUAUCAAACAAGCCAAGGACCUGACGCAAGGACCAGCACAGUUUCAUCAAUUGUACCAGUCCUAAAUGUGACACAGGCCUCUGGUGGUAUUACGGGAAGUCAAUUAACGCUCGGCCCUUCCCUAAAAAGUAUUCCUUUUUCGUCCGUAACUACUGUGCCCAGUUUGCCUAGUUCCAAACCGGUAAUAAUUCUGACCUCUGCCACUAUUCCAGCGGUUCCGCAGGAAACGUGUAGUAACCAGACUCUGUUAGCAACAUCGGACUCUCCUUCUCCACUAACUCGGCCACCGAUAAUGGCAACAUGUCAGCAAUCGCCAAACGUGGUAUUUGACUCAACACCAUCACAAUCGCCAUCAUUAACCACCACACUGACCUCAAAUCAAACGACGACUACAACAACAUCCAGCAUUCCACUCUUUCCAAAGAUAGGAGUUUCAACUCCAUCACAACAAGUUCCGUUAAUUCCAGUAUUAAUAAAUACAAACCAAAUUAUUACCUCAGCGUCCAGUUUUCUCCAGUCUCCAAUGACUACUGUUCCAGCGUCAUCACAUAAUGUUUCGUCGAUUCUAAACACGCAGACGUCGAACUCCUUAUGUACGCUUAAGCAAGUUCCAGUCGUCGUGUCCUCACAGGAAGUGUCACUAGUCCCUGUGAAGAUCGCCCCUAAACAAUCGAAUGUUACCACUGUAUCCAAUUUUCAACAACCACCAGUACCCGCAGUCACACAGAGUCCUAUCUUUGUAACCCCACAGCAAGCGCUGACUCUCUUAGGCAAAACGCCUGUACUGAGUGAUAAGGCUUUACCGGACACUGUAGCCUCUUUAAUCAAAACCAUGCAAAAGACUCCAGUACCAUAUACUGUGAGUAACGCUACUAGACCUCAACAAAGCCCCAUUACCUCAGCAGCUUGCCAAAGUACAAGAGUUUCCACAGUUAGCCACAAUUCGGGCCCAACUACUGCAGCGACGUCGAAGUCAUUAGAGUCGACCCCGAUGAUUAGUUAUGUAACCACCUCUGGAAGUGAUCGGUAUGUCUAUGUACCUGUUCCUGGGACACUUGAUGGAAAUCGUGUUUUAAUUUCGAACAAAGCACAAAAACAUUCCAGCGACGUAACAUUAACCUGUAGCUCAAGUGCUGUAUAUACAACAACAAAGUUACAAAGUGAAGUAACCAGUGCUAAUAGUGUAAUGAAUGUAGUGCGGCCUCAAAUGUCAACUCAAAACAUUGGAACAUCUUUAAGUAACGCAACACCGAUGAUGCUUUUUAGUCACAAUGCAGCACAAAAUCUCAAGCCAACGAAUUUAGCAAAUCCCCUUAAACAACAAGACAGUAACGAAAUUCAAACAUCAGAUGUCGGAACCUCCAAAAUGCAAAGCCUGAGUGCCGUGUCACAUAGUACAAUCAGUAGCGCAUCGCAGUCUCUUCGUCAACAAGGUCUCCCUCCAGCAUUAAAUGUGAAAAAAAUCUAUAAGUUGUCGGCUAGUGAACAUUCAACAACUAACACUCCAAAGACAAUUACAGUUUUGAAGAUACCUAUUUCUAAAGAACAUUCAUCACUACAACGUUACAGAUUAGGGAGUGCGAUUGCUUCUUCACCAGCCACAUCAAUAUCUGUAUCCAUGUCUUGCAACGUGGCUCCGUGUGUACGACCAACAAAGACUGACCAAGAUGUCGGUACCACUGCGUCAAAUCUGAACGUUCAAAAUGCAGCACCUCGAAUUAUUUCAACCCAGACUGCUAGCUCAACUAAAACAUCAUGUACUUUAUCGUAUUCCAGUGCAGUUAACGUGCAUUCAUAUUCUAAACUUAUCUUUACGCCAGUGAGAAAUUCUGGACAGACGACAUUACCUGUUAACGAUCGUGUUACUGGUGUUAAUGGAAGGAGGAUUUUACAAAAGCCCAAAAUCAUUAUAUCCGAGAAUCCGAUAGCAAGACCAAAACAAGGCAGUACCAUAAUGGGGAAUCUUGUGUCCAUUGUCCCAUCAAAUGGUACAAAAAUGGCAGUCAGACCAUCUUUAGUGAAGACAUAUCCCCAUAAUUUUAGUAGUAUCGUAAAUGCCAUCAAAAGCGACAAGAAUGAAAAGAAUGUUUCCAAUCCGGUCUUUCAUUUGUCACGUGACAACGGAAAUAAUGCUGGCUCUACGCAAUUACACAGCACCUCUUGCUCUACUCAGAUGAUGACCAACCAUUCAAAUACAUUGUCAUAUUCACAUGAGAAAAAAGAUGUCAGCGAUAUGCAAAUCGUCAUAGAUUCAGUAUUCUCAUUAUCAAGUGAGGACCAGAAUGAAAAUUGUGAAAAGGCGGACAAUGCAAAUGAAAGUUGCUCAAAAACUAGCAAAAAUCCGUCUGAAAAUCUGGAAUUGAACCAGCGAUUUGAGUCUAAAAGCACAACAGACUCUGGACAAUCUAUGGGUCAGAUAUUGAGGGAAUUCGACCAUCUGUCAAAUUUCAAUGGAGUAGUUCUUCCGGAUGAAGCGAUAACAGAAUCAAAGAUAUUUUCUCCUUGUUAUGUAGUCUUGGACACUCUCCACAUGCAUGGAGGGACAAUGGAGGGUAUCAAUACGCGGUGCUCUAGAGCCUGUCGGCAAAAUUUUCUUUCCAAGAAAUCAGAAGUACGCGUGGCCAUACACAAGAAGGAGUCCGUCUCCAUGCAAGCAAGGUCAGAACGAAAGGCUGCAGUUGUAGACAAUCCAUUACUUAACAAAGAAGGAAAUGCGAACGUAAGAAGCAAUGUUCCAUUACCUGAUGCUGGGAAAAUAAGAAUGCAACGGUCACGUGAUAUUUUACGCGCUGAAUUAGACGCAGCUGCACACGUCGCAGUUAGCAAAACAAACAGGAUUAAAAAAGACGAAAGUAAACAAACGCCAUCCACUACUGUGUCAUCACGAGAGAAAGAUGACAUGUCAGAUACAAAGCAGUCAUCUUCAUGUUCAGCUCUGCAUAUAGUUAAAAAGUUGACAAAUUCAGACCAAUUUUAUUUGAUACGAGUUGAUGGUAAAACUGUGGUGAUUCCUCACGUUAAUACAGGAAACAAACCGAAGGCUUUUAUCAUAAAUGAUGACAAAUUCAAUUUGGGUUCCUUUACUGCCGAUCAAACGUCUUCUCCGAACGCUACUGUAGCGUCAAACGAGAGAGUUCUUCCCAGUGUAUCUACCAAGUCACCUUGUAUAGUGUCAUCUAAUGUCAAUACAAAGGACGUUCCGGGUGCUGUCAAGCCAGUUAAGACUCCAACCACAACGUCUACACAUGUCAACAUCAAACCCGAGCCCGUUACAUAUGGCUACGGCGAUGAGACAAAUACACAGCCACCUUUGAUUGUUAAACAGGAACGUAUGGAUAGGGGGUACUCAGACGAACCGCCUAAACAAGAACGUAUGAAUAGGGGGUACUCCGACGAACCGCCUAAACUGGAACGAAUGGACACUGAACCACCAAAACGGACAUCGCGAGAAUUAAAGUCAAAAAGGGACAGUGCAGCUCCUGAUCUCAUUGCAGAGGAUGGUGUCGCUCCAGCAAAGAUUCAAAAAGUUAUGUCAAAAGAAGAGAGGAUUAACUCAUUGAAGGAACUCUUGAAAAAGCAAGAAAAAGACUUAGAGGAGAUGAGACAGCGACGUUUUGCUGAAACAACACCAGCGGAUCGUGAUUUAUAAAAUUGCCAAAUUGUCCGUGAAUGUAAGGUUCGUGUAGGCUUAUGUGAGAUGUAUAAAAAAAACAAUCACAAUGCUACCGCUGAUAUGUAACAUAUAACUACAAUGUUACCACGGAUAUGUAACUACAAUGUUACCGCUGAUAUGUAACAUAUAACUACAAUGUUACCAUGGAUAUGUUACAUAACUACAAUGUUACCGCUGAUAUGUAACAUAUAACUACAAUGUUACCACUGAUAUGUAACAUAUAACUACAAUGUUACCACUGAUAUGUAACUACAAUGUUACCACUGAUAUGUGACAUAUAACUACAAUGUUACUACUGAUAUGUAACAUAUAACUACAAUGUUACUACUGAUAUGUGAUACCUACAAUGUUACCAUGGAUAUGUUACAUAACUACAAUGUUACCACGGAUAUGUAACAUAUACAUGUAACUACAAUGUUACCACGGAUAUGUAACAUAUAACUACAAUGUUACCACGGAUAUGUAACAUAUAACUACAAUGUUACUACUGAUAUGUGACAUAUAACUACAAUGUUACCACGGAUAUGUGACAUAACUACAAUGUUACCACUGAUAUGUAAAAUAUAACUACAAUGUUACCACUGAUAUGUAACAUAUAAGUACAAUGUUACCACUGAUAUGUAAAAUAUAACUACAAUGUUACCACUGAUAUGUGACAUAUAACUACAAUGUUACCACUGAUAUGUGACAUAUACCUACAAUGUUACCACUGAUAUGUAAAAUAUAACUACAAUGUUACCACUGAUAUGUAACAUAUAACUACAAUGUUACCACUGAUAUGUAACAUAUAACUACAAUGCUACCACUGAUAUGUAAUCACAAUGUUACCACAGAUAUGUAACAUAUAACUACAAUGUUACCGAUUGAUCAUAUGUACGUAUCGGACAGUGGGAAUGUUUUCCUCCUUACGAUAUGUCCAUACCACUGUUUUGUCUUUAACCUGAUAUGAUGCGGAAAUUCUUGCAAUGGAUGAAAAUACCACUCAUAGUAAUACAUAUUCGUUUGACAUAAUUUUAUUCAACUGUACAGAUUAGAUUUUCUAAAUAUUUGAUGUGCAUUUAGCAUAUUUCGGUUACCGUUCACAUGCAUAAAUUCCCUGUACGUUAGAUAACAUUCAUUCGUUUUUAAGAAGGUUUGUUUUUCUUCAUUAUAUUUCAACCAGAAUAGAUCGAUAAUAUUCAUUUUAUGAAUAUGUACGUCCUUACGUGUCCAUUAUGUGUAACUGUACGACGGUUCGGUCGGACAUGUUCAUUUUGUGCGUCCGUCCGUCUGGCCUUAAGUAAGAUCACGUUAACAUGUAUAGACUUAGAUGUACCUACCUUAUACCUGUUUUUAUCGAUAUCUACAGCGCUCUGUGAAAGUAUUUAUUAGAUUCUAGAUUUUGUUUAGCUCCACUUUCAUCCAAGCAGAUAUUAGAAGCAUAAGAAGAUUUUACAAAUGUGUUCUUGUUUUUUGUUAAUCUUGCUGCAGCUGUAAUAUUAUUUUAAUUUUUUAUC